UCCUUUAUCAUCAUGAUAUAUUAUGUUCUUUUUUUUUGAUAGACAUAAUAGCUGGGAGCCAGAAGAAAAUAUUCUUGAUCCCCGGCUCCUGCUAGCUUUUCAAAGAAGCCAACAAGAGAGAGAACUGCAGAAUCGGAAACGAGGCAAGAGGCCCAGGGGCAGACCAAGAAAACAUGUGGAACAAGAAGCUCCCCUUUCUUCAAAAUCAAGUAGCUCUUCUGAAGAGGAUGAUGAUGAGGAGGAUGAUGAGGAGGAGGAGGAGGAGGAAGAGGAAAGUGAUGAUCAGGCACCGACCACACUUCGCAGCAAUGAGCGGCGGGAAGAAUCUGAACGUAUCCCACAAAAACGGAUCCAAACUGAAAUCAGCCAAACUAAAACAGAUCUGAAGGACACUGGCAAAAAAAAACGGACCAGCAAAGUAAUUUGCCCUGAACCUCGGAAGAACAUAAAAAUUAAACCAGGAAAAACAUUGAAAACAUCUGGAAAUGAUACAAGUGGUGACUCUGGAACAGAUGAAUCGUCAAAAGAGAAGCUGGAAAAACCAGAGGGACCUUUGAGUGAAAAUAACAUGGGCUCAGAAAGGAGUACUUUGGAAUCUGUAAACGUAUCAAGUGGGAUGUUAAAUUCAAACAUCUUUAAUUCAGCAAAAUCCAGUAAUCCCAGGGCAGCCUUGCAAGUAGCAAACAGUACAGGAUCAGGCCAGCAUUUAUCUAGCGUACAUCCUGCCAGUGCAAUGGCACUGAAUAAGACUGCCUCUGAAAUGCAGUCUGGGAAUACAAUGCCGCUGAAUUCACAGGGAAUGAAUGAGAAAAAUAAGAUUGGAUUAAUUAAGAAUCCAGGAAAUGCUAAAAACUCAGAGUUAUGCAAAUCAGACUGCGACUCAAAGGGUUUGAAUAUGCCUGGACCAAUCAAGUCCAGUUCUGGUGUUUGUAAUUCAUCUAAUUCAGGAUCAAAUUCCCAAAGUGCAAAUGGUCAAUGUCCUAGUACUCUUGGGCGGAAUUUACAAAUACCAAACUCUCAGAACGCUAAUUCAGGAUUAAAUUCACAUGCCUUAAAUCUACAAAAUACCAACAAAAUAGGAUUGAGUUCAAAAAGUGGAUCUAGUCCAUCGGGUUUGACUUCAAAAAACAUCAACAAUAGUUUGUCGUUUGUGAUCUCUAGAAGUGUUGGCACUCCAGGACUGAAUUCAACUGAAUUGAACUCUCAUGUUGUUUCUAAUAAAGUAUUAAAUUCACAGGCUGUCAAUAGCCAGGCAUUAUGUGAGAGCAGUGGAAAAGAUAGUGUUGAGAAGGAGAAUCAGAUUAAACCAGAUAAGGAGACUACAAACACUGCAAUUCAUCAUUCUGACAACCAAAUCCGAGACACUGACAAAAAGGAUGUUUCAUCUGAGAUAUCAAAACAAAGCAGCACCUUGCCAACAGAGCUGAGCACAGGUGAGGAGACAAUGAGUUCGGACUCUGAUCAUGACUCUUCGUUUUCAAGUGUAAUUCCAAACCCAUCCAUUUCAGUCCAGACAAACCAAGACUGGAAACCCACCCGCAGUCUGAUUGAGCAUGUGUUUGUCACUGAUGUAACAGCCAACUUGGUCACGGUAACAGUGAAGGAGAGUCCAACCAGUGUCGGCUUUUUCAACAUCCGACAUUAUUAGUCAUUAGUUGAAAACAAACUCUCGUAAUCUCUUGUUGAUUUUCCUAUAGAAAUCCAUUUUGACCUUGGCCUUUAUGACCUUUUGCCUCGUACUUUACAACUAUAAACAGCAUUUACAAUAAUGCACAAAUUACAAUUGCUUCCACUUUGAACAAAAACAGUGCAUUACAUAGAAAGUAGACCCUAUGAAUAGGCUGUUUUGUCAGAUUGUCAAUCAACAGCCCAGUUCAGUUUUUUUUUGUACGUAGACUUUUGUGUAAAUUUGAGUAUGAUUUGAGUAACUGCAAAGUAACAUCUGUAUUUGACUAUCCAUUUUUAUAAAAUGAAGGUUAAAGAAUGAAAAUCAUGAACAGAUAAGUAAUUUGUAUUGAUGCCAGGAACAGUAAGAGCCUGGGGAGUUCAGCCAUGAUGAAGAUUAUGUUUUAGUGAUUAUUAUAGGUGUUUAGUCAGUGCAUGGAACUUUAUAAGUAUAGAAGUAAGGUGACCAUGGAGGAAUAGUGUAACUUGUUGCUGAAACAUCUUAGAUUUUGAUUUGUAUUUGUUAGGAAGUGCAAGAAAGUUACCACCUACAAGCAUGUAUACAUGCCCCUUUUCAUCAGAGAAUGGACCCAGUAUUGAUUGGGCUACAGCUGAGAGUUGACACCAUAAUUGGCCACUAGAAAUUCACAACACCACUCAUCAUUGUUUGUUUCAGUUGGGGAGGGGUUGAUUAAACUGAGUACUCCAAAAGAGCAGAAAAUGAGAAGUGAACAAAUGUUAUUUGAUUAUUUUAGAAUGACAAUUCUACUCUGAACCUUGUACUCGGAAACUUCUUGAAAUGCUUCAAUGGUGACCAAAACGCAUUGGUCACUAAUCAUGGAAACAUCACAUAAUGCAUUUCUUUUUUGUGUGUGUUUUUGUAAGCAGUGUUUUGCCCUGGUUAAUAGGGAUAAUUUAAUCUGUGCUGAUAAGAUGUUAUAAAAACUGAAUUAUAUUGAGGCCACCAGCAACGUAUCAAAUGAUGACAUGUAAUUUUGAGCUUUUUCAUCAGCAGUAUUGUUUACAAACUAGGUUAUAGGAUGGAAUUUAGAAAACAGCCUUUAAACUUUGAAUCCAGUUGCAGGGGGACCUGCCAAAAAUUAUUUUUUCAAUUUUCUCUUAAUCCCAUUGGAAAUCUUCACCUUUUGUAAAACCUAGUCUCCCUACUACCUACUCAUCUUUUUUGUCUUUUUUUUUUCCAAAUGGUGUCCUACACUGCUCUUGGAUUCUAGAAUAUCAGCCAUGGUUCAGCAGAUUAGCACCCUUGGCUGUGAGUCAAAAAACUGUGGGUUCAAGCCUUACUCCAGAGACUUGAACACUGGACAGACUAACAUUCCUGUUCUGAUGCUGAGGUAGUGUGCAUGCUGAAGUACUAUGUUUCAAAUGAAUCAUUUUAUUUAAAAAAGACAUUCUAUCCAUCCUGAGUUGGCUAGACGGGUACAGAGUGAUGUAGAAUCUCAAUGAUGCAGCUUCAAUCUCAGCUAGGCUUCCUUGGCUUACCCCACAUUGAUGCCUCUUAAGCUAUAUCUAGCUAAUUGUUUCUGUCUCUGGAUAAUAGGGAAAAGCCUAAGUGCUGGAUUCACCAUGGAAUACCAAGUAAGCUAACAGCUGAAGUUUUAUUGACCAAGGCUUGAACCAGUGACUUAGGUAUGAGUCCAGUACAGCAGUGAUUGAGUAGCCUUGAGCCGACUGUGCUGUUCAUUUUAGACUUGGUUUUUCAGUAUCUUUUAUCGUACUUGAAACUUAGCUAAUCUGUCAAUUGCUAUUUUGCAAAUUUCGAUUGGAGCAACAUUCACAGCAUUCGGGAAAUAGGAGGGGAGAGAAUUCCACACUUCCACUGAAAAAUAUUCCCUGACUUGGUCCUGAAUGGUUUUGCACCAUCGUUUCCCUCACUUCUUUCUGGAUAUCUCCACCAAAGGAAAAAGCUUUUCUGUAUCUACUUUGUUUUGAAUUCUAUCAUUUUAAAUACCUCAAAUUAGACCACCUAAAAUGCGAUGGAAUGAACUUGUCUUCAUAAAUGGUCCCUAAACAGUUAAUUAUCAAUCUGUGAUUUCAACACCAUUGUUUUGCACACACAUAUCCACAUACAUAUCGCAUUGGAAUAUGUGUGUGCAUGUGCCCAGAACUGAAUGCAAUAUAGCAGAUGGGAUAUGAUUGAAUCUUGAUUAUAUUUCAAGCGUAACUUCCUUGUUUUUGGGUGCCAAUCUUCUUGAGAUGAAGACUAACUUCUAUUAGCCUUUUUGACUUGUUUGUGGCUACAUAAGCUAAGUUUUAAAUCGAAUUAACAAACUUAAUGGUGGUUUAAAAGUUGUGAAAUGUGACUUAAACAGUGAGCUACUUCAUUUUAAUCUAUAUGAGCAUUCAUCUAUUAGUUGAGGUACUGGAUAAUGACUAGUGGUCGAACCAUACUUGAACAAAAAAUAUUAAUCUCUAUGGGAGGAGAGGGCAGGAAAAAAAGUAAGGUGAAAAUACUAAUUUUUUUAUUAUUGAGAUUUUUGAAUAGCUGUAGAUUUAACCUUUAGGCUAACUCAACAGUAGGUUCAGCAUUAACUUAAUUUUUAUAAAAUUAAAAUGUGUAUCAAAGUGUUACUGUGAAGUUGUUUUUGUAUUUUUUUUAAAGGAACAGAAAAUUGUUAAAUAAACCAAUUCAAUUGCAA